AUGAAUGCCCUGGAUGGUGUCCCCUUCAAGGUGCCCAAGGGCUUUGUGAUAGGCACGGAGCCCCUCCCUGGGCCAGAGCUCAGUGUCCCAGACUGCAGGGAGCUUCUGCUGGGUUCUAUGCACGACUUCAGCCUGGAGAGGAGGGCACUCUUCUGGGUGGAGGCUGUAGUCCGGGGACCCUGCCUGGUCCAAUGCGAUGCCCCGGGGGCAGCUUCAGCCCCUCCCGCCUGGCUCUUGCUGGUCAGCCCUGAGCAAGGGCUGGAGCCCAUGCCUGCCGCAGCCGAAGGUCCUGAGGCCAGACCACAGGAGCAUCCUGAGGAGGAAGAGGUGGAGGAGGAGGACCAGGAUGAGGAAGAAGCCUCCUCUGCCAUGGAGGAAGAGCCAAAUCCCUGCAGCCCCCAGCCCAGCUCCUCGGCGAGCCCCAGCCUGGGCCAACACCGGUGCUCGCUGGACGUGCUGCGCGGCGUGAGGUCGGAGCUGGCCGGGGCGCGGCAGCGGCUCUCUGAGUGCAGGCUGGCCGCCCGCCCCCGCAGUCUCCUGCACCGCAUCCGCCAUCGAGCUCUGAGCCUCUGCCCCGGCCCCGCGUCACCCCUGGGCCCGGCACUCCCGCUCCCCAGCGCCCCCGCGCCGCCCCCAGGCCCCGAGCCAUCGCUCCCCAGCAUCCCCGCGCUGCCCCCUCGGCCCUCCACGGCUGGCGCCGUGCCCCCGCUGCGGAGCCACAGGCUCGCGGUUGCGUCCCUCAGCCUGUAUACCUGCCUGCCACCUCCUGGGCAGGUGCCCCAGCCUCUCGCCACCCACAGAUUGCACCCUGAUUCUGCUGACUUGCUGUCCGCCCUGAGCCAGGAGGAGCAAGACCUCAUCAGGCCAGUGGUCGCCCUGGGGUAUCCCUUGCACAGGGCCAUCAUGGCUCUACAGAAGACUGGGCGGCAGAGCCUCAGCCAGUUUCUCAGCUACCUUAGCGCCUGUGACCGGCUAUUGCGACAUGGCUACGAGGAGAGCCUGGUGGAUGAGGCCAUGGAGAUGUUCCAGUUCUCCGAGAGCCAGGCAGGGGAGUUCCUGCGCCUCUCGGAGCAGUUCAGCGACAUGGGCUUCCAGCAGGACCGGAUCAAGGAGGUGCUGCUGGUCCACGGCAACCGCCGUGAGCAAGCCCUGGAGGAGCUGGUAGCCUGCGCCCAGUGACCCUGGACGCACCUCGCAGUGCCCAUGCAUCCCUGGCAGUCCAUCCUGACUCUAUUAUGAAAACCACAUAAGAAUAACAAAUUGAGGCAUACUCAUUGUAAAAAUGCAAAUGAUGCCAAGGGUGGGAAUAAAUACUGUAAAGGUGGCAAAACUUUACCCAUCUUAGGACUUCAACUGGGGCUCUUUAACAAAAAGAUAGAUUAACAAGAGAAAAAUAAAA